AGGUAUUGCGUCAUUUGUUAGGAGACAAAUUUUGUACAAGUUCAACUUUGGUAUCACGCACUAACUGAUAAAAAUGUGCAUUAUCCAUUAUCGAUAAUCAUAAAAAACCACCAACACAGAUGCUUCAAGUGUCUAUCUUUUACGUCUUUUUUACCGCUUCAAUACCCGACAUCAUCUCCUAUAUCGGCCUAUGUAAUAAUCUCACCUCGAAUAUUUAUAACCUAUGAUAUAACAUACAACAACAUAUACCCCAAAAUAUAUCAGUAAACAAAUCAUAUAUAUACUUUUACCUAGGUGAACAAUUAGUCCAAAGCUGCAACCCUAUCAACAACACCUCUUCAAUUAACUUUAACCCCACCUACCCACCUACCACGCGAGGGGCAUCGCAUCACAUCGCAGACAAUGGGUGACGCAGCCCAAGACCUCGACACCAAAGGCGGCGCCCUCGACACCGCGAAGGACCUUCUCGCCGGCGCCGCGGGCGGCGUCGCACAAGUCCUCAUCGGCCAACCCUUCGACAUCGUCAAAGUGCGCCUGCAGACCAGUUCCGCCUACAGCUCCGCCCUCAACGCCGCCACCUCCAUCUACGCCAAAGAGGGCCCGCUCGCCUUCUACAAGGGCACGCUGACGCCGCUCAUCGGCAUCGGCGCGUGCGUCUCCAUCCAGUUCGGCGCCUUCGGCUACGCGCGGCGGUACUUCGAGGCCGCCAACCAGGCCAACGCAGGAUCUUCCUCCUCCUCGCUAGCCAAGGACUUGAGCUACGGCCAGUACUUCGCCGCCGGCGCCUUCGCCGGCGUCGCCAACUCCGUCAUCUCCGGCCCCAUCGAGCACGUGCGCAUCCGGCUGCAGACCCAGCCCCACGGCGCCGGACGCCUGUACUCCGGGCCCCUCGACUGCGUGCGCCAGCUAACCACGCGCGGCGGCGGCGUGUUCCGGGGCCUGUACCGCGGGGAAGCGGUGACGAUCUGGCGCGAGGCCUUCGCGUACGGGACGUGGUUCCUCGCGUUCGAGUACCUGAUGAACGCGGACGCCGCGCGCAACAAGAUACGGCGACAGGACGUGCCGAGCUACAAGGUGGCGCUGUACGGGGGCUUGGCGGGCGAGGCGCUGUGGCUGGCGAGCUACCCGUUCGACGUCGUCAAGAGCAAGAUGCAGACGGAUGGGCUCAGCGGCAAGGACGUGCGGUACAAGACGAUGCGCGACUGCUUCGCGCAGACGUGGAGGGCCGAGGGCGCGAGGGGGUUCUGGAAGGGGAUUGCGCCGACGCUGUUGAGGGCUAUGCCGGUUAGUGCGGGUACGUUUGCUGUUGUGGAGGCUACGAUGCGGGCUCUUUCGUAAGAGGAAGAGAGAUGGGGAGGAAAGGAAGAAAAGAAGGAAGAAAAUAAAUAUUCGUAUCGAACCGUAAUUGAGGGACCGGAAGAGCUUGGACUACGCGGGCUGGAUCAUGUAGAGGCAGGCGUUGGAGGUUCAUUCAACUACAGAUGAGGAAAUGCAUGGGAUAGAUUCUACUGAGAGCAAUUCAACAUAUUAGAGGUGGCCCGGCAAGGGGGCAAAAAAUUGCCAUAUAUUCAAGGACUUUAUGACUGCCAUGAUGGAAUUUGUUAUUCGCUAUUCUCCACCCGUCUCUGCAAAAUCUUUCUGGCAUUGGCCGGGGUAAGAGAUCCCAAGCCCAGCUCGGCCAGCAGCUUCUUAGCUUCGGUGUUAUCCGUGAAUAUACGAUCGCUGGCUUGCUGGAGGGAUAUUUCUUCACCACUUGCUUCCAGGGGAAGAUUCAAUAACAUGGCACCAUCUAGCAAUGCACCUAAUGCGGCUGACCCGUCUAGGAUGUGCUGGUCGAUGACCGAAGUGAUGGUCUCUA